GACCCGUUCGUUCUUCUGCGGGCUACAAGAAGGCAGAGGAUGAGAUGUCCCGGGCCACGUCUGUUGGAGACCAGCUAGAGGCACCGGCCCGCAUAAUUUACCUCAACCAAUCUCAUCUCAACAAAUUCUGCGACAACCGGAUCAGUACGGCCAAGUACAGCGUGUUGACAUUUCUACCUCGAUUCCUGUAUGAGCAGAUUAGGAGAGCUGCUAAUGCCUUCUUCCUCUUCAUUGCCUUAUUACAGCAAAUCCCAGACGUAUCGCCAACAGGACGGUACACCACCCUGGUGCCAUUGGUCAUCAUUCUAACGAUUGCAGGCAUCAAAGAGAUUGUAGAAGAUUUUAAACGACAUAAGGCAGACAAUGCAGUUAACAAGAAGAAAACAAUAGUGUUAAGAAAUGGCAUGUGGCACACCAUCAUGUGGAAAGAGGUGGCAGUGGGAGACAUCGUGAAGGUCCUCAAUGGGCAGUAUCUUCCAGCAGACAUGGUCCUGUUCUCCUCCAGUGAGCCCCAGGGGAUGUGCUAUGUUGAAACUGCUAACCUGGAUGGCGAGACGAACCUUAAAAUACGACAGGGCUUGAGCCACACAACCGACAUGCAGACGAGGGACGUGCUCAUGAAGCUGUCGGGAAGGAUAGAGUGUGAAGGGCCCAACCGCCACCUCUAUGACUUCACUGGCAACCUGCACUUGGAUGGGAAGAGCUCUGUUGCCCUUGGACCUGACCAGAUCUUACUGAGAGGCACCCAGCUCAGGAACACACAGUGGGUCUUUGGUGUUGUUGUAUAUACUGGACAUGACUCCAAACUCAUGCAGAAUUCGACAAAAGCACCUCUCAAGAGGUCAAAUGUUGAGAAGGUAACCAACGUGCAGAUCCUGGUGCUGUUUGGCAUCCUCCUGGUCAUGGCGCUGGUGAGCUCAGUGGGGGCCCUGUUCUGGAAUAGGUCUCAUGGCGGAAAGAGUUGGUACAUCAAGAAGAUGGACACGAACUCAGAUAAUUUUGGCUACAACUUGCUGACGUUUAUCAUCUUGUACAACAAUCUGAUUCCUAUCAGUCUGCUGGUGACACUUGAGGUCGUGAAAUACACGCAAGCCCUUUUCAUAAACUGGGACAUGGAUAUGUAUUACAUUGAAAAUGACACUCCAGCAAUGGCCAGGACGUCAAACCUCAAUGAAGAGCUUGGGCAGGUAAAAUACCUGUUUUCUGACAAGACUGGAACACUUACAUGUAAUAUCAUGAACUUCAAGAAGUGUAGCAUUGCUGGUGUGACCUAUGGCCACUUCCCGGAACUAGCCAGAGAGCAGUCCUCAGAUGACUUCUGCCGGAUGGCUUCUUGCAGUGACUCAUGUGACUUCAAUGAUCCCAGAUUGUUAAAGAACAUUGAGGAUCAGCACCCCACAGCCCCUUGCAUACAAGAGUUCCUUACCCUGCUGGCUGUGUGUCACACCGUCGUCCCCGAGAAGGAUGGCGAUGAAAUCAUCUACCAGGCUUCGUCCCCAGAUGAAGCUGCUUUGGUCAAGGGGGCUAAGAAGCUUGGCUUUGUGUUUACUGGGAGGACGCCGUACUCAGUCAUCAUCGAAGCGAUGGGACAAGAACAGACAUUUGGGAUCCUCAAUGUUCUAGAAUUUUCUAGUGACAGAAAAAGAAUGUCUGUCAUCGUCCGACUGCCGUCAGGACAACUUCGACUCUACUGCAAGGGAGCUGAUAAUGUAAUCUUUGAAAGACUUUCAAAGGACUCAAAGUACAUGGAGGAGACGUUAUGCCACCUGGAAUAUUUUGCCACAGAAGGCCUGCGGACUUUGUGUGUAGCCUAUGCAGAUCUUUCUGAGAACGAGUAUGAGGAGUGGCUGAAAGUCUAUCAAGAGGCCAGCAUCAUUCUGAAAGACAGAGCCCAGAGGCUGGAAGAAUGUUACGAGAUCAUCGAGAAGAAUUUACUGUUACUUGGAGCUACAGCCAUCGAAGAUCGUCUUCAAGCCGGGGUUCCAGAAACCAUAGCCACUCUGUUGAAGGCAGAAAUCAAAAUCUGGGUGUUGACAGGAGACAAACAAGAAACUGCAAUUAAUAUCGGGUAUUCCUGUCGGUUGGUGUCACAGAACAUGGCCCUUAUCCUAUUGAAGGAGGAUUCUUUAGAUGCAACAAGGGCGGCCAUCACUCAGCACUGCACAGAUCUUGGAAAUUUGCUGGGCAAAGAGAACGAUGUGGCCCUCAUCAUUGAUGGCCAUACCUUGAAGUAUGCACUCUCCUUUGAAGUCCGCAGAAGUUUCCUGGACCUGGCGCUCUCGUGCAAAGCUGUCAUCUGCUGCAGAGUGUCCCCUCUGCAGAAGUCUGAGAUUGUGGAUGUUGUGAAGAAGCGAGUGAAAGCCAUCACCCUGGCCAUCGGGGACGGUGCCAACGACGUGGGGAUGAUCCAGACAGCCCACGUAGGGGUCGGGAUCAGCGGGAACGAGGGCAUGCAGGCUACCAACAACUCAGAUUAUGCCAUCGCACAGUUUUCCUACCUGGAGAAGCUGCUUUUGGUCCAUGGAGCCUGGAGCUACAACCGGGUGACCAAGUGCAUUCUGUACUGUUUCUACAAGAAUGUGGUCCUCUACAUCAUUGAGCUUUGGUUCGCCUUUGUUAAUGGAUUUUCUGGGCAGAUUUUAUUUGAGCGCUGGUGCAUCGGCUUGUACAAUGUGAUCUUCACAGCAUUGCCGCCCUUCACUCUGGGGAUCUUCGAGAGGUCUUGUACUCAGGAGAGCAUGCUCAGGUUCCCACAGCUUUACAGAAUCACUCAGAACGCGGAAGGCUUCAACACUAAGGUUUUUUGGGGUCACUGCAUCAAUGCCUUGGUCCACUCCCUCAUCCUCUUCUGGGUUCCAAUGAAAGCCCUGGAGCAUGAUACCCCGCUAACCAGCGGUCAUGCCACUGACUAUUUGUUUGUUGGAAAUAUUGUUUACACGUACGUUGUGGUUACAGUUUGUUUGAAAGCUGGUUUGGAGACGACAGCGUGGACGAAAUUCAGUCACCUGGCGGUGUGGGGAAGCAUGCUGAUCUGGUUGGUAUUCUUCGGUAUCUAUUCAACCAUCUGGCCGAGCAUCCCCAUCGCUCCUGACAUGAAAGGGCAGGCAACUAAGGUCCUGAGCUCUGCAUACUUCUGGCUGGGGUUGUUCCUGGUUCCAACUGCGUGUUUGAUUGAAGACGUGGCAUGGAGAGCGGCCAAGCACACCUGCAAAAAGACACUGCUGGAGGAGGUGCAGGAGCUGGAGACCAAGUCCCGAGUGAUGGGCAAGGCAAUGCUUCGAGACAGUAACGGAAAGAGGAUGAAUGAGCGUGACCGUCUGAUCAAGAGGCUCAGCAGGAAGACACCUCCGACCCUUUUCCGAACAGGCUCCAUCCAGCAGUGUGUCAGCCAUGGGUAUGCCUUUUCUCAAGAAGAACACGGAGCUGUUACACAGGAGGAAAUAGUCCGUGCUUAUGACACCACCAAAGAGAAUUCAAGGAAGAAAUAAGAGGCAAAGUUUCCUGAUGGCUCCAAGGAAAGAGAUUCGGUUUGUUGCACGCAGUGUUAACAGUUUUGUCAGAAAAGACUGUCGCCAGCAGCCAGACACCAGAGAACACAUUUCUGUGGCCUUAGCCGACCAGUUUGUUAGCAGCUCUCUGUCCUUGUGCAGUCCCUGGGCGUAAGCCUCAGGGGAAGCCAUUCUCCCAGCUUGUCUGCAGCGCUUGGCCCUACUUCUGUUUACGUUGUUACGAAGCCUUCAGCUGGGCUUUGUGAGGUGUGAAAUUAAAAACUAUGUUUCACCGAUGCUCAAACAUCAAUACCAGUGGUUCUGGGAGAGAGGGAAGGGGCAUCAUGUUACAAAAGGCCAGUCCUGUGUAAUUGGAACAGGGUACACUUACUUCCUGUUUGGUGCAUGCACAGAUCAUGCAAGCCUCGCUCUCUGCAGACUGCUCGCCCACUUUGAUUCCUGUUUUGUUUGUCUGAAGUUGGCAUAAACUUCUUGAUUGCAGUGAAAUCAGAAACACUUACGGGUGAGGGAUGAACCUGAGAACAUUUCUUUGGCUCUUUGAGCCACAGCCUCAGCAAGGCCACCAGCCAGCGUCCCAUGCCUUGCUGGUAAGACCUGCAGUCUCAUCUUUGCUCCCUUGUGCGGUUGCCCUUGAAUCUGCACAGCUGGCCCUGGGUGCCGUGCCUCACAGCUGAUAGCCACCCACCCAUGUUCCGUGUGUCUUUGUUCCUCUGUACAUUCAGAUAUGGAUACCAGAAAUCUUUCCUCUUGCCUAGCCCCGCCCAACCCUGCCCAGCCCAGCUGCUGCCCUAUAACUCCAUAACUGAAGGGAAGUGGCUGAUCCAUACCAAGCCUUACUUAGCUGUCCUUUUCCAAUGGGAUCCUGUGGGUGAGGGUGGCAGGCUCCGCACACCAUAUCAUCCGUAGGCUUCUGGCGGCCUCUCAGAAUCGAUGUCUGCUUCCUGGAUGCUCAGAACACAUUUUAGACUUCCCACUGUUUGGAAGUGAGUUUAUAAUGGUGUCUGUGCACUGAAAGAACAAAGCUGCCCCCUCCCCCUUAAAUUCUAGAAUCGGGGUGAGCCAAGGAGACAGCACAGGGCAGAGAGUAGUGAGGAAGAGGACCCCAGAUCUCCCUGGAAGGUGACAAAGGACAUGAGACUCAGGAGACAGACACAGAGGACAUUUUCACCAGGUCUCCAGGGAACUUCUCAUGCCCUAUCCUUGACAGACAGUUGUGAUCAGCCCAUGUAUGUACACUGUAGCAGAAACCAGACCUUGUCCUACAGAUUUUUUUUUUUUUUUGAGCUGGUUGAUUUUCUUGAAGCAUGUAGUCUUACACUGUAUGCCAAUCUAACCUCAAACACACUUUGUAGUCCAGGCUAGCCUCAAACUCUCAGCCAUUCCUCAGCCUCCCAGAUAUGGUCUCCUUUCUAUAUCCAACACGUUUUAGACCCACGGCCCUCUCUGAACAGUGGCUUAGGCUCUAAAACAAGAAAAGGAGUGCCCAUUUCCACCUUUAUCCACUGCAGGUCCCAACUCUGAGUUGGAACAAAACCUGGGGGCCCCAAGCCUGCAUGUGAGAAUGUGGCGGGGCCCUCAGAAGUCACAGGCCUGGCGGCACCCUUUCUUCCUUUACUUUGGCUCCCAAACUCCAAAGCCCUAGACUUUUGGAAGGCUUAAGGGGAAUACUCUGGGCACCUGUUACUGGGUAAUGUGGUACCCCCAUGCUAUCAGGCUGCUGUGUGAGCUUAGAAACCAAAGCAGCACAGAGACGGCCGAGCAGCACAAGGUGCUGCAUCCAGGAAAGGAAAGGCCACUACGCUUUGCUUCCUGACCCCUUGCUGAUGCAGCAUCAGGGAUGAACGGGUACUGAAAAGCCUAGGAUAGGAUUUGCAUUGAGUAAGAAAACUGAUCCUCACUUGGGAAGUGACCAGGCUGCUGAGAUGGCUUGAAAAGGGACAGGGUGGCACAAUUAACAAGAAUCUUGGGAGUGACCUCUCUUUGCUCCCUGAGGCAAGUAAGAAAAUCUAGUGUGCCCGGCAAGUUGGAAUCCUGAAAGAUUAUACCACAUGGGAGAAACAGCAGGAAGUGUGCCUCAAAUCAGCGAGCCAGCCAUGGUGGACAUCUGAAUUGCAUCCCAGAGAGGCUGGGGUAGAACUGUGGGGAGGAAAAGAAAGCCAACUGAAUGUGCCCUAGGCUCUCCCCUCCCCUACUCUGCCCUGUCCUCUUCCCCCCACCCUUCCCUGUGCCCCCCUCCCUUUCUCUCUCUCUUCCUUCCUGCCUUUUUUUUUUCUCUUUUCAUUUUCAACUUUAAAGAUUGGAGUUAUUUGGGAGAAACAAAACAAAACAAAACAAAACCCUCAACCAAUGAUGGGAUUUUACAUCUCAAGACAUCUCCCAAAUAAUGUCUACAGAUUACAAAUCAUUUUCAUAGAAAAAUACUUUUGCACAAAUUUUACACGUGUUCAGGAGCAGGAAGGAAGUCAUCCCUGCUUUAUUUAACAGAGAGCAAAGUAGGAAAUUGGGAUUCAGCAGCUUUCUUUUGUUAGGGGAAAGUGUCUACAGCCAAUGGUUUUUAAAAAACUCGUUCAGCUGGGGGUAUCUCUCUAAAAGCCUACUUCCUAGCUACUAGCCAAUCAAGUCCACAGGAUAAGCACUUUGCUGUGCCCAUGUUUGCAACACACUAUACCAAUGCUUGCACACUAAGACCAAAGUAUCAUUAAUCUGCAGGUACCCUGACUUCCUGCAACAGGAAAACUUGCCAUCUUUAGAGCUGACUCCUACAAAGGUGCAUAUCAAAGCAGACAGGUUAGGAUCCUGUAUUGCCGGAGAAUCCAGGACCCUGUUCAAUAGUUCUUUGCAUUUUUCUUUAUUCUCAAGGGGAGUUAAGAAACCAACCCCCCUACACGGAAAGCCACACAGUAUAAGCCACAUUCUAAACCCAUGCAUAGGGUUCCAGGGAAGGAAACUUACAGAAACCUUAGGUCACCCCAAUCAAGACAGAAGACCUCCAACUCAGCUCUCCUCGUUUAUGCACCACCCCAAGUCCAUCAUUUGAAUUACUCUGUUCUCCAAGGGGUGACAACAGCAGGAACCCACAGACGGCAUGGGGGAAGAGGGUGCAGGAAUGCUGGUUUGUUUGAAAAAAAGCAGAGAUUCCAGAGGCCACAGCCUGUGGUGGCCAAGAUAAAAUGCCUUUGAGGAUGGGUGUAUGAUGUAGAGACUACUUUCGGGAGGCUCACCGUAUCACCGAGAACAUGAGAUAGCCAAAGUGACAAGGCUUUGAAAAAAAUGUGGAUAUUUUUGAAAGUUUAGAAAGGACAGCAUUUAGACGGGACAAAAUCAGGACAGUAGUUUGAUUUGCUCUAGAAUGAGGAUAGAGAGACUAGGAGAGAGCACAGGAUGUGGGGGUCUACUUAGUAUGGCUGUCUCCCACCUUCUCAUCUUCCUCAUCCACAGAGACAGCAGCAUGCUUGCUUGCAGAACUGAACUUGGAGGCUGGGUUCUCCUUGGAUUGUUUGGCUCAGGUGCAGAUCUGGGGUUAAGAUCUUGAUCCUCUUUGCUGUCUUUCCUAUCUAACUCCGUCCUGUGGUAUUUGUUCACUCCAUCUCCAGGACCUCAGCAGGAGAUGUUCUUUUAGGGAUGCUCACCCCAUCUACUUUGUUUCCUUCCUUUUUUCUCCUUCCUCAGAAGGGCUGAAUGCUUCUUCCCAUCACUUGUAGGGACAGCUGCUCUGUGUCUGAGCUCUGAGAUCCAGCAGGAGGGGCAGAGCAUUGCUUACCCCCCCUUCACAUCCCCCCCAGCAUUCUCCUUUGUUGGAGGGGCUGACAUUAUUCUUAGAGGCUGAUCAGGUUUCGAGGUUUAGAGGUUGGAGAGGGACAGUCUUCUUUAUGAAGUGCUUCAUUUUCUAGAGACUUCUCGCUCUCUCCUUUAUAAUCUGCCCCACAUGGCUGAGGCCCCAGUCUGCGAUGACUCACUUCCUGUCUUCAACGGUUCUUUCCUGAGUUCACCCAGCCAACUUAGGUGUCUCUGCUGGGAUCGGUCAUCUAGUUCUGGCUCGUCCAGCUGAUACUGCAAUGUCUCCUGCUCCCCCUUAGCCACUCUUCUACUUCUGUUUCCCGAGCAGCUGUGUCAACAGGCUUUGCCCCUCCAAAGAUAGAAAGAAGCCACUCGACUGGACUGGGAGGUGCUAGCGAGGAAUCAUCUUGCUUAGGAGUACUCGGAGGCUUUGCAUUCAGUUUGGAUUUGUGUGUGUGUGUGUGUGUGUGUGUGUGUGUGUGUGUGUGUGUGUGAGAGAGAGAGAGAGAGAGAGAGAGAGAGAGAGAGAGAGAGAGAGAGAGAGAAGGGAGGGAGAACCUCUGUUAUCACACCUAUAAUCACCCUACAACUAAUCACUUCUGGUGUCACCUAUUCUGUCAUAACUGUCUUCAUAGUGGUCCUCACCUCUCUGUAGUCAUCAUCCCUAUGGUUCCCACUACCGAAUGCUCUUCUGCCUAUCCCGGAGUCAUACACUUGGAGUCUCUGCCGUCUCUGUUGUCAUAGCUAUCCUGGCGCCCAUAUGUAUCUCAGCAUACCCAUCUGAAACCCAUCCUGAUACUGCUGGGAGCUGUAAUAAUCUCGAUACCUUUCUCCAAUGCUAACAUCAUGUCUUCGAGGAGGGUAGUCCUCAAAGCUGUCUGCAUCAGGACAGGCCCUCCUGUUUGGAUCUGUUUUGUGAAAAAAAAUCUCAAUUUCUGUCUUGCCCCAAAGAAUGAUCAUCCUGCCUUUACCUGAUGCUCGAUCGGUGACUUCCACUCAAAUACUCAUUACCUACUCGUUACCUAGAGGGUCCUCGAUAAUCCUUGGGGCACUGAUUGGAGCACUUGGGUCCUCUAACUCUCCAUCGCCAACCUGUCUGGAUUGUUGGGGUCACUUGGCAGGUGUGCAGCAUUGAUAUCUCUUCCUCUAAGAAUUCUUUAAUGGAGUCUUCUGUCAUGUCAUAGGGCAGGUUCCGUAGGAAAGCAGUAUAGGGUGAGGAUUUGAGCAGACCACCCUGGCUGAUAUUUAUUUCCUCAGCAGCCCAUGGAGCAGUGUGAGGAUGGAACAGGCUAUUGGAGGUACCCUCUGCACAUGCCAUCAUUACUGUGCCAGAUCGUCUGUCCAAUCAGCCUAGCUGACAGGUUGGAGACCACUGCUCCCUCCCCCCAUCUUCAACUGUAAAACCUGUUUGGGAGGUGGUCUCCCCUAGUUAAUCUUAUUUUUUUGCUAAGGCUACCAUGUCAGGAGGGGAAGAGAGCACUUGCUGGAAGGCUUCACUCCCUACUCAUUUUCAUUUGGGAGCUUAACCAGUUUGGAAAGAUUGAAUUAAAAUUCAGCCUUUUGUCGGACACCUAGUCCUCUCUCGAAGGCCCUAAAUCAGAUUAGCAAAGGCAAGUGUUUGUUUGGAGAUUUGUUUUGUUUUGUUUUCUGGUCUUUUGACUUUUUACAGUGUGCAUUUUCCCGGGGCAUAUUUUCUUCUUUUGAGAGAUAGACUAAACAGUCCCUGAAAUAAUGAGGUAUACAGGCAGGAGAAAACACUUCUGGGAGGGAUGGUUUUCUAUUUUUUUUUCCUCUCCUGAUUAAGCUUUCUCCUAGCCAAAUGACUAAAUUGGGUUUCUAGGCAAGGCAGCUGUCAUGGUGUGUGAUGUAUACUAUUUAUGCAGGGACCACAGGGGAGCUGUGUCAUUUGUCCUGUCUUUAAAUUGAGGUCAGAGUGUCUCACACACAACCCCUCCUCAGGGAAUAGAAUGGACCGGACUAGGUUGCACAUGCUGUCUGUCAGCUCCGUGGAAAUGUCAUGUGGGACAUGUCACUCCUGUCAAAUAGUUUGUGACCCUUGAGCUGGCAGGUCAGAUUUGGUCAGCACUUCCAGGGCUGCCUCUGGGUUGAGCUAAACUGGGUUUAGGGCUAAGUUGGCUCCCAGAAGGCUCUUAUGUCUGGCUAGAUUCCGUUCUUGAAACUGUAAACAGUCCAGCCAGCAUCCUUUCAACUUAGUUCUGGAUUCUGCUACGCUCCUUACCUCUAUGGGGAAGGCAGCAGUGUGGGCAGCCUGGAGUAGCACCAACUAGCAGGAGGUCCUCAGUGUGACGCUCCUGGAAGCAGAGCUGAUGGAUCUGCUCUGUCUCACUGCAGAGCAGUCCAGAUUUCUAGAUCAGUAUUAUUUUUCCUAUCUCCCAGCACUCAUGCAAACACAAAGACAAAGAGCGGAGUAGAUGACUGUGCUCUGGCAAAGGGGACAAGGCUUAUUCAACAUUUAGAAAGAAAUGCGCUCGACAAUGACCCUGGGCUUCAGCAGAGCCCAGCUGAGCAUUUUCUUUUCUUUGACAAGCCUUCAGGUAUGCACAGCGAAAAUCAAUUGUGACUAAUCAAGAAGCAAUGAAUGGUUUUGCUGUUGUCUUGAUCAAGACAAGUUCUUACGUAGUCCAGACUGACUUUGAACUCAUUGUGUGCUGAAGCUGCCCGUGAACUGCUGAUGCUCUUUGCUUCCUGAAAAAUGUUUCACUGUAUGUUUGUGUUGCUGAACUCAGGGCCUUGUGAAUGCUAGGCUAGUGUUUGCCAUUGAGCUACUUAUGUUCCCAAUCAGUGAAUAGUUUCUGUUUUGUUUUGUUUUGUUUUUUAAUCGAAAUUGGGUAUCAAGAAUCUGACCAUGUAAACGGCUAUGUAGGCUUUCAGAUCGAUUUUUUUAAAUAAAGCUAUCAUCCGUAAUUU